AUGUACCAGUGCAAAGAUUCUUUAAUAUCUGCAGUCAGCCAUGUGGGUAAUUGGGAAAUUAGUGAUCGAUGUCAGAUUGGUGAAAAAAUAGGAAGUAUUGCAUUUAUUGGAUCAACUUUGUUUGCGCCUGGUGAAUGGAUAGGGAUUAUUCUUGAUGAGCCUUUGGGCAAAAAUGAUGGUUCUGUCGAUGGCCAUCGUUACUUCACUGCAACUAGCAAACUAGAACGUGUGCAGUUAUCAAGUCCUAUGAUCGAAGCUUCUCAGAACAAUGAAUUUUGUAAAGAAUAUGGGAUGGAAAUCGGUGAUCGGGUUCUUGUUUCGGGAGGUAAAUAUGGGAUAUUACGCUUUCUUGGAGAGACAGAUUUCAAGGAGGGUAUUUGGGCUGGAAUUGAAUUAGAUCAGCCUGUUGGCAAAAAUGAUGGGAGCGUUCAGGGUAAGCGUUAUUUCACAUGCAGACCUCCAUAUGGUCUUUUUGCAGCUGCAUCAAAGGUUGUCCGAGUGCCUUAUCAAAAUACGCCCAAGAUUAAAAUUCGACAUACAAAGACAUCUGCAUUGCGAUUACGCUUUGGUAGUCAAGAAUCGUUAUCAUCUAUUGGAGCAUCGUCAGUCGCUUCUUCUCGACUUUCGAAAUUCAACUCAAAUACGCCACGGCAGAUUCAGAGGCCAUUUAUUUUGUCAGCAGCUAGGGGACAAGAAGAUUUGUUUAAAACACUUAAAGACUCACUAAAAGAGAAAGAGAUACAUUUGGAGCAGAUGAUUAGGGAACGUGAUCUUGAACGUCAUGAAAUGGCAGCUUUGUCAAAUCGUUGUGAAGAAAUUGCAGCACAAACGGCACAGUUGGAAAAAGCAAAAAAUUCGGUGGAUCAAGAGUGUAAAUUGAUAAAUACUAAGUUGACUGAAGUGAGUGCUAAAUUGAAAGUCGCAGAGGACACGAUUAGAGAUCUCACUAUGCAGCUAAAGGAGAAGAACGAUGCUUUUGAUGAUUUAGCAUUUCGUCAUGACGAAGAAACCAUCACGAAUGCUGAAUUGAUGGAAAGGAUAUCUGAACUUGAGAAAGCUAAAAAAGGAGUAAUUUGAUU